UGUCCCCGGCCUCACCCCCAGCUUGGGGGUACCUUGAGCAUAACAGGAAAUUUGAAACAACAGGAAACCAAGGCCGGGCAGGCGGCGGCUCCACCCUGCCCAGGGCGAGCCACCCCGGGCCUCAGUCUGCCCCAGGGGACCGCCAUGAACAGCACGGGGUCCCCAGCAGAGGCCCCCGAGUCCUGCCAGCAGCUGGCGGCCAGCGGGCACAGCCGGCUCAUCGUCCUGCACUACAACCACUCGGGCCGGCUGGCCGGGCGGGGCGGGCCCGAGGAGGGGAGCCUGGGGGUCCUGCGGGGCAUCUUCGUGGCCGUGAGCUGCCUGGUGGUGCUGGAGAACCUUCUGGUGCUGGUGGCCAUCGUGACGCACAUGCGGUCCCGGCGCUGGGUCUACUACUGCCUGGUCAACAUCACGCUCAGCGACCUGCUCACGGGCGUGGCCUACCUGGCCAACGUCCUGCUGUCGGGCGCCCGCACCUUCCACCUGGCGCCCGCCCACUGGUUCCUGCGCGAGGGGCUGCUCUUCAUGGCGCUGGCCGCGUCCACCUUCAGCCUGCUCUUCACGGCCGGCGAGCGCUUCGCCACCAUGGUGCGGCCGGUGGCCGAGAGCGGGGCCAGCAAGCGCGGCCGCGUGUACGGCUUCAUCGGGCUGUGCUGGGCGCUGGCCGCGCUGCUGGGCCUGCUGCCGCUGCUCGGCUGGAACUGCGUGUGCGCCUUCCAGCGCUGCUCCAGCCUGCUGCCGCUCUACUCCAAGGCCUACAUCCUCUUCUGCGUGGGGGUCUUCGCCUGCAUCCUGGCGGCCAUCAUGGCGCUCUACGGCGCCAUCUUCCGGGUGGUGCGCGCCAACGGGCAGAAGGCCCCCCGGCCGCCCGCGCGCCGCAAGGCCCGGCGGCUGCUCAAGACGGUGCUCAUGAUCCUGGUGGCCUUCGUGGUGUGCUGGGGCCCGCUCUUCGGCCUGCUGCUGGCCGACGUCUUCAGCUCCACGGACUGGGCGCAGGAGUACCUGCGGGGCAUGGACUGGAUCCUGGCGCUGGCCGUGCUCAACUCCGCCGUGAACCCCCUCAUCUACUCCUUCCGCAGCCGGGAGGUGUGCCAGGCCGUGCUGGCCUUCCUGUGCUGCGGGUGUCUCAGGCUGGGCCUGCAGGGGCCCAGGGACUGCCUGGCCCAGGUCAGCGAGGCCCACUCCGGAGCCUCCACCACGGACAGCUCGCUGAGGCCCAGGGACAGCUUUCGGGGCUCCCGGUCGCUCAGCUUUCGGAUGCGAGAGCCCCUGACCAGCAUCUCCAGCGUGCGGAGCGUCUGAGCCACGGCAGGGGCGGGAGUCCGGCCGCCGGUGCGGGCCCACACGGGGGCUCCUGCGGGCCUGCGGGAGACUGGGGAGGGGCAGGCCGGGGCGGGAGUGCGCCGGGAGUGUGGGGGCUCUGCGGAGAGGCAGGAGCAGGGCGGCCAGCUGGGCGUGUGUCCCGAGGCCCCAUGGUCCCCCUCACAGUGCCUGGGCCUGCUGAUGCCAAGCAGGUGUCCCGCGGUCUCCCUGGAGGAGGCGGCUGCUCACGGGAACAGGGAGGGUCCUGGAGUGGGGGUGAGUGGGUUUGCUAUGUACACCCCCAGCUCCCACGUGAUUCUGGGGAGUCCCAGCCCCUCCCCGGCCUCGGGGUGCUCCCAGGCUCCGAGGGGCGGGCGGUGGUGGGGGUUGACGGCCUGGCAACACGGAAGUUCAAUGAUGGUUUGUCCCAGCCUCCCUCUUAUUCACCUGUGGGCAUUGGGCGAUGGCAUGGAGCUGUGGUCCGCCGGUGGCGUGCAGCACGUGGGCCUGUGGCGGGGGGGGGGGGGGGGGGGGGGGGCNUGAGUCUGUGUGGAUUAGGGGUGCGGUUGUGGGGGGACCAGCAGAGUGUGGGUGAGUGUGUGUGCAAGGGAGACAGAGACAGAGAGACAGAGAGGGAGAGGGAGGGGGGAGGGGGGCACAGAACAGGGUGUGCUGAGAGUGUGUGCUGGUGUGUGCAUCUGUGUGCUUGUGUGCACGCACGUGUGUGAGAGCCGGUGGGGGCUGGCAGGUGGGCCGCUGCCCCCCUUGCUCACUUCCCCUUCUCCUUUCUCAUUUUGGGCCCCCGGCAGCCUCUUCCCUGUCUCUGGCCGCUGCACCUUUUGGGGGCCCCAUCUUGGGGCCCGCAGAGGCUCAGCCGCCUGGCCCUCCUGGCCUCAGGGAAUCUUGCCUGCUCCUCUCCUGUUCCCUUUAGCACUAACUGCCUCGCCCUUCCCUCCUGUAAAAUGGGCUGAUCGGGGAUGGAACCCGUAGCAUGAGGUUGUCAGCACAUGCUUAGCGCUCGCCGUGGCACGUGGUGUCCAGCGUGUCCGACCAAACUUCUGACGAUGGCAGGAGUGUGCUGUCCAUUUCAGGAGCCCCGGUGGCUGUGGAGCACUUGAUACGUGGCCAGUGCGACUGUCGAAGUGAACUUUGAGUUGUUUGCAUUUACAUAGUCCAUGGCACUCGUGGCGACCGUACUGGACGGCGCAGGGGUACAUCCUCAACGCGCGGCCUCCUCUGGCUCGUGGAAGCUUCUCUCCCUCCCUCCUUCCAGGCAAGCCGGUGCCCACAAGUCUUCCUGCCGCCGCCUUGCCCGGGGCUGGGGGGCAGCACCCCGCCUGCCGCUUGGGCACAGGACUGCUCCCCUCUGAGCCUUGGCUUCUUCUCUGAGCGAUGAGGGGUGCGGCCCCCUGAAGCUGUUCGCCAUGCCGGCCUGUCUCGCAGCCCCCAGACACGUGUGGCUAUUUCUGAUGAAUGAAAAUGAAAUGAAAUAUUAAACAUUCACCUUCGUGGUGUGCUGGUCGGCUGGACGCCCACGUCUCAGUGCCACAGACUGGGCGGCUUUACAGAAGGGUGUCCUCUUGUGGUUCUGGAGGCUGGAGAUCCGAAACCGAGGUGCCCGCGGGGCACGAGCACCCAAGGCAUCGAGGCGAGACUGUUCCACGCUCUCCCCGGGAUUCUGGCAGUUUACCGGCAUCAUUGGUGCCCCUGGGCCCAUGGAAGUGCCAACCCGGUCUCUGCCUUCACCCCUUCACGUGGCGCUCUCCCUGGCUGUCUGUGCCCAAAUGGCCCCUUUCUAGAAGGAUGCCAGGCCCACCCUAAUGACCUCCUUUUAAGCUCGAUUGCCUCUGUAAAGACCCUAUCUCCAAAUCCGGUCCUGUUCCGAGGACUUCAACCUGUGAAUUUCGAGGGGACACGAUUCGGCCUUGACGUCCAGUCACGCCAGCCUCAUUUCAAGUACUGCACAGUGACAUGUGGCUUGUGACUACUGUUUCAGAUCGUGUAGACGCAGGACAUGUCCAUCAUCUGAGAAAUUUGGGUAAAGUUCCAAGCAUGAGUCCAGGUGCACAAUAAAUUGGGAUAUUUUUGUAUUUUCCUGA